AUGAGGGAAAUCAAGAUCCGCCAUAUCAAGAGCCCUAGAGAUAAGCAGGAUAUAUAUAUGCAAACAAUUGAGCUAUCCAUUGGCGAACCAUCGGACACGGAGGAAGCGAACGCAGGACCCUUAAUGAUAUCUGACAGAAUUAGUAGCAGCUGCCUCUGGCCAAGACACGCUCCACACGUAGUCACAUUAAAGAAGUUUCUUUACCUCUCUAUCAACGCUAGGAAGUGUGAUACAACAUCCCAGAAGCUUAACCAUAUCAUAAGACCCCGUAGGCCGCUGAGAGAAGAUAUCGAGAGGACAUCCCCGGAGGAGCGACAAGUCAUCCGAAUCUCGUUAACCUAA